CAACCUUCAACAGUGAUACAAUAUUGAAGUUUUUGUUGUAUGCAAUGAAAUGACGCGUUAUGCACUUUUGUGAAGUUAAUGGAAAUGGAACUUAUGAAACAAUGCCUGCACACUCUAUCACACAAAACGGUGGUAUUUCGAAGAAUUCUAAUGUAGAUGUAACACCUCUUGAACAUCUUUUUGUUACAAAGUUUUCAAGAUUAACUAUUGAUGAUGAAUACAAAUAUAACUUAGCAUACUUAGUGACUCAGCAGAAUGGAGCACAACCUCCGGAUAAAAUACCUCAACAUGAUAAGCGUCCAACAAUUACACUGAGUGCAAAACCGCUUAAUCGCAUUCAAUUAAAUGCCGUUCAAAAUCAAAACGGACCCGUUGUUUCUAAAGAUUAUAGGAACUUGCAUAGACUUACAAACGGUAAAAAGCAGAAACCUUUGAGAAGCAAAUUUCCUGCACGCCAUACUUCUCCUGCCUAUACUAGCAGUCCAGAAUCAUGUAAUCAUACUGCAUCAGACUUGGAUGAUCGGGGGGAAUAUGAAUACAUCCCUUUUGAGAAGAGCUCCUUAAAGCGUUUUGUUAAUAAUGAUAAUAAUCAUGAUCGAGUCUCAACUCAUAAGACAGUGUCCAGAUCAUUCCAAAAUGCCAUAGACUCUCAUUAUUCAGGACUAAAUCCCCUUGUUUUCGAACAUCAUAUUGGAUCAAAUAUGGCUAUGCCUUCAGGUGGACUUCAUGGCACUUAUGACACAAUGAAAUUCAUACCUACAAUACCCUCAGAAUGUCACCGUGAAAUCCCACCUAAGUUGACUAAGCCACCAGAACAAUCUUAUAGAGACCUCUUAGAAUCAAAAAGAACAAAAUUAAAUUCUUCCGAUCAGUUUAUAAGAGAUGAGUUCUGUUCGCCAGAUGUUGCUUCAAAAGUUCAGGCAUUCAAGUCACUUACAAAAUUGAGGGAAGUUAGAAAUGUUGAUCACCCAAGCGAAAUCAAGCCAGUCAGUAGAACAGUAGAGGACCAAAGCCCCUUAGACCCAUCAUCACCUCAACAGAACUCGCAUUCUCUACGUCGGUCAAUCACAUUUUCCGCUGGACGAUUAUCGAAGCAAUACCAGAAACAAGAUGAGCCCUUAAUAGAUUUAUGCUAUGAUUGUGGUAAACGCAUAUAUCCAGUAGAUCGUAUAUCUACUGGUGAAAGAGUCUAUCAUAAAACAUGCUUUCGUUGUGCAACAUGUCAAAGAACUUUAUUAGUUGGAAAUUUCGCCUCAUUGGAUGGAGUUAUCUUCUGUAAACCACACUAUAUAGAACAAUUUCGUAUGAGUGCAGGUCGUUAUGAGUAUCGUCCAAGUGUUAUUUCUAAAUGAUGAUUGCUUCUUGUUCAGCUGACAAGUGGAUUGUUACGCCUGCCCGAUCACAUUCAACAUGAAAGAAAGAAAGAAAGAAAUGCAAUCCAACUGAUUGUAUGAGAAUAUUAUGUGAAUAGAAAAUUGUUUAUCUAUCCUGUAUUACUUUACAUUCAUACUACUGCUACUGACGAUAUCAGUAGUACUGGUAGUUUUAUACAAAUAUUUUCCGUAUCUUCCAAUUCACCAUCAUCAGUACGUGUAUAAAAGCGGUAGUAGUUUCUUUUCCAAGUUAACUUGGAGAAAUCAAAAUCAAGAAUUAACAAAUGAUACAUUUGUACACUUGUCUUUCGUAUUACCGGAGAGAAUUGCCUAGAUCCCUAUUGUUGAAUACUACAGUCAAUGUAUAUUUAUUUAGUAUUGGUAAUAAUAGUAAUAGUAGUAAUACAAGUAUCCGUAUUAUCGUCUUUUUGAAAGCGCUACAUUCCCCACUAUUACUAUCACCAACAUCAUCUUUGUCAGCAUUCUCAAAAAUUCCGCCAAAUUCAAUGUCAAGAAAAACAAUAAUUGAACAAUUAAAACAACUAAUUUAUUCAAUCUACUGUAUACUAACUAUAGACUAUAUAACAUAGAUAUAUACUACUCAGUAAACAGACACUUUUAUUUAUGUAUUACACAAUCGAAUUGAUUAUUUUCGUUAUCAAUAUUUUAAUUUUUCUUCAUACAUUUUGGUUAUGGUGAAAACGAGAAUUCUAGUGAAGUCUCCUUUCAAAUAGCUUACACAUAAAUGUGAUAUAUAUAAAUGUAUAUGUAAAUGGUUACUAGUGAUACACAGUGGUCAGCAAUAUAUUGGUAUAAUAGUAAAAAAAUCUGAUAUUGUAUCAUUUUCUUUUGAGUUAUUUUGAUUUUUUAAAAUUUUUUU